AUGGACGGGAGUGCACCCAGUGUUCCUAUAAUAACUUUAUCUGCUAUAUCUAGUUUCACAAAUUUGCUUAAGAAUCUACCUCUGCCAACAUCAGUGCUGCAAGUGUCACAAGAUAGUUUGUUGUACAAUGGAUCACUAGCAAAUGAAGCUCAGAAAAUUUUAAAUUCUCCUAAUCAUAACCAGACUCUUGUUCAAGAACUCAUACAAUCUUUACGCCUAUCUACAACAGAUCACAUCAUUAGUGAAUGCCCAAAUGAAACUCCUCUAAGUGAACUACUGAAUAAUGUAAAUGCGCCAGACCUCCUAAAGUUUCUUGUCCUCAAUGAUUCGAAUGUAUUCAAAUACAAGCUCACAUAUAACAACAAUACAGGUUAUGCUGCAAAGGAUGCAAACAACAUGUACAAUAACAACAACAACAGCAACAACAACAAUGUAUCAACAACCAACAUUAAUGGACCAUGUGCAUCAUAUGAGCAUCAGCAAUUACCCUUCAAUGAUCAAGAUUAUGAGUUCCUGAUGAAUAGACUGUCUCCAAACUUUGACCAACCAAUAGGAACGAAUGAGAUGAUGAUGGAAGAGGUCUUCCCAUCCAAUGUGCAGUUUGUAGGACAGAGCAUGAGUAACAUGUCAAGCAAUGUACCAGGCCGAAGUACGUGUGAUGAUGGUUUCAAUAUGGCCGGCGUCCACAAAACUGCACCUGGAGGUGUGAAGCCAUUUGUGGAUAACUCACCAGCCCAAGCCUCCUCUGCACCUCCCACUGGAGCAGAACCUGUUGUUCGCAUGGUCAACAACAAUCUCAACAACAACAAUGCCCUCAUCACCAACACAAUGAUUCCUAUGUAUGACCCUUCAAAUAUAACAAACUUACAAUAUUCUGCAACACAAACAACAACUUCUUUCCAAAACUACAAUAACUUUUACCAGCAACAACUACCUAUGGGAAAUUUUCCCAAUCCAGCUUAUUUACAUCAGUCUCAGCAACACAUGCAACCACAACAGCAACAGCAUUUACAACAACAUACGCAACAGCAUCAUAUGCUACCGCAUCAGCAGGCACAUCAACAAAUGUUGCAGCAACAUAUGAAUCCCUUUGAAAUCGUUCAACAACAGCCACAACAACAAUUACAAACGCAACACCAUCCGCAACAACACCAUCUUCAACAACAACAACAAUUUCUCAGGGGUCCAAUAAAAACAUCAGAUUCAAAGGUGUCCACUGGUGACAGAUUACCAAGAGUCUCAUUAACUAGACUAGAAGAUGACUUCAACAAUGGUAGCAACAACAACAACAUAUCAGCAAAUAGCAGCUCGCAACAAUAUGACGUCGUGAACCAACAUUCCUCACAGCAACUUAAAAUAAAGUUAUCAAAAAGAGGGCUAAAAAGGCGAACAUCCGAUGAGGAUGAUGAAAGCUCGUACUCAUCCGAAUUCGCUCCAUCACUCUCAGAACGAGUGAAACGAAGAAGGAAUGCCAAAUCUGUCGGCGUCAAAUAUGAUGUUGAUGAUGUCGAGGAGGAAGAAGAGAAAGAUGAGGAAGAGGAAGAAGAUGACAGCCGUGACGCUAAAAAUAGAAAUGUCAUGUCUUUAUUGGACCCAUCAUUUGAAGAUGUUGACGAUCGCCAUAGGCGGAGAGAGGAAAGGAAGAAGAAGAAGCACCACUACCACCACCACUCCAGCAAGCAUCGAACAUUCAUUGACGACGACGAUCAGACUGAUGGUCCGUCAUGCAGAAGAUUCUAUUCACUUAUCGACCAAGUUCUUGAACUCUCUGAAGAAAUCGAUCUCGCUGCCUUCAAAGAUAACGAAGAGGAUGAAGAAACAUCGUGUCUGACUGAUCCAGUCGUGCCAAAGAAUGUCUUGGUGGAUGUUGUAUCGGAGGCUGCCAAACUGAAAACUGUUGGCCUCAUGAACCAGAUUCACUACGACAAGUUGAUAAAGCUAAUGACCAUCCUCCAGUACUCUAUUAAGCAAGGACUCAGAUCUGUGCCUAUAAUUGAAUUGGAUGAUGAAGAUGAAGAUUUGCGGUUUCGUGAAUUAACACUAAAUUUUGUGAACAUCGGCUUGGACGCAUGCAUGAUUGCCAUGAUCAUCCUCACAUCUCCUAACAUGCCUAAACAAGUCUUCAUAGAGGACGUGAUAGAGAAGGUAGUGAGAUUCAGUCGGCAGCACAUGAAGAACUUCAUCUUUCCCUCUUUCGACCCCAUCUACAAGGCCGAUCUCUCAGGAAAAGGCAUGCAAGCCAGCAUAAAGUCAAAAAGAUCAAAGAAUAGUGGGGGUUCAAGAGACAGAUUAGUCAUCAGCAUCUACAACAAACUCACCGACCUUGUUGGACUCCUGGCUGAACUGGUCGACAUCCAGGAACUCACUGAUGCCAUCAUUUUGCAGACAUCAUCUCUAUCCGUUGCGCCAUUUUUCGUUGAGAAUAUACCAGAACUACAACUGAAUGCCCUCAAACUAGUCACUAAUAUAUUUAGUAAGUAUGACAAACAUAGACAACUGAUUCUGGAGGAUAUCCUAUCAUCACUGGCUCGACUGCCAUCCAACAAAAAAAAUAUGAGAAGCUACAGAUUGAACGUGGAUGAGCAGAUUCAGAUGGUAACAGCACUGGCACUCCAGCUCAUCCAGUGUGUCGUCAAGUUGCCUUCCAAACAAGAACAUGAUGAUAACAACAGCAAUACGAACAGCAACCACAACAACAACACCAACAACAACGAUGACGACGACGACGAUCCUGCCAACUUUGAUGGCGAGGAUGUCGGGAAGAAUAGAUCUGCUGAGAAGAUGACGAAGAACAGAAACAAAAUCAAAUUUAAUAUGGACAAAGAGGCAAUGAUAUUGACCUCGUACGAUACGGCCAUGUUCACUGCCCACAACUUCCUACACGUCUUUCUUGGAAACAAAAUCACGACAACAUCUCAACGACAUUCCAGCUACAACAUCACAACGACAUCCCAGCUACAACAUCACAACGACAUCCCAGCUACAACAUCACAUCGGUAUCAUUACAAUGACAACAGGUGCACAGCUAAGGAGGAGGAUGAUUACAGAAGCAUGUUUGGUAACUUUGUCAAUGAUCUCCUAUCAACAGUCAACAAGCCUCAAUGGCCAGCUUCGGAACUUCUUCUCAGUAUUCUCGGCAGUCUCCUGGUGAAACAGUUCAGCAGCAAAUCAGUUGAGAUGUCCUUGCGAGUAGCCUCGCUGGACUACCUGGGCAUCGUGGCCGCUCGACUGCGUAAGGACGCCGUGUCUAGUCAUCUCAACGAAAGCGUCAUCGACGAUAUCAUCAAGAAGGUCUCUAAAAAAGAUGAUGAUGAAACUGAGGACGUCGAUAAGCCGGAUGUUAAAGAAGAAGUCAAACAACUUGAUGGUGACGAUGCUGUAGUUGAUGGUGCUAUCAAGGAAAAGAAAUUUAAUACAAAUAUUUGUGACAUAAGUAGAACGCAACUACUGCAGAAAGGGUUGUUGGACUACUUGGCGUCGACCACUGAAACUGACCAUGCAUUAAUUUUUGCCAGGAAAUUUUACAUAGCCCAGUGGCUGAGAGAUUGCAGCAAAGAAAUCGAAACGAAAACAAAAAAAAUGGCAGAAGAAAAAAUGAACGUGAAGAAGCAGCGCAAGCCAAAAAAGUCUGCACCAAAAAGCAGGCGUCAUCGAGAGAAAUCCGCAAAACAUAACAGGAGCAAACGCAGACGGGCCAUUGUUGACGACGAUGAGAAUGAAGAGGAUGAAGCAACUGAUAAUGAUGACACUGAAGAAGAGGAUGAAGAGGAUGAUGAUGGUGGUGCUCAAGACAACAAGGAAUCCAUCGAGCUCGAUAUCCUACGACUUACGCAAAUGGAAAUUGAGAAACGAAAAAAUUUUUUAUUCGAUGAAAUAUCUGAGAUGCAUGUUUACAAAUCAAGCAUCAAACGCAACAGAUCUCGUCUGGACUACGAUGGUGCCCUUCUGGUAACCAGGUACCUUGCAUCCAACAGACCAUUUUCACAAAGUUUUGACAUUUAUCUUAACAAGAUCUUGAAGGUCUUACACGAGAGCACGGUUGCAGUGAGAUCUAGAGCGUUGAAGUGUUUGGCAGCUGUCAUUGAAGCUGAUCCUGGUGUUCUGGCGAGGAAAGACAUGCAGAUAGGAGUGCACAACCGAUUCACAGACUCGUCGACUUCGGUGAGGGAGGCAGCGAUUGACCUCGUCGGAAAGUUCAUCCUCGUCCGACCCGAACUCACCGCUCAAUAUUACGACAUGCUCUCUGAAAGGAUCCUGGACACGGGCAUAAGUGUUCGCAAGAGGGUCAUCAAAAUUUUCAGAGACAUCUGUCUGGAGCAGCCAAAGUUUCCUAAGAUACCUGAGAUGUGCGUGAAGAUGGUUCGGAGAGUAAAUGACGAGGAAGGCAUCAGGAAAUUGGUGAACGAGACGUUUCAAAGCAUGUGGUUCACUCCCUGCACCGAUAAGGACAGCUCUGUGCUUGUUCAGAAAGUUUACAACAUCACCGAUGUCGUCGCCGUGGCCUCUCUUAACAUUGGAUUCGAGUGGCUAGAGCAACUACUCGAUAAUUUGUUGAAGAAGGAGGAAGAGACAAAGGAGAAGCCAGUAGAGAAGGCGUGCACGCAGAUUGUAGACUGCCUCGUUGACAACGUUCUACAACUCGAGCAGCGGGAAGCUGAACUGAACAGAUACAUAAGCAACGCAACUCUACCUGGCAGCGCAACUACAACAGCAGCAACAACAGCAACGCCACCCUCUCGUUUUAGUUCAUGUUUUUCCACGCUAUUUCUGUUCUGCAAAGUGAAGCCAUCCCUACUCGUCAAGCACUGCAUCGUCAUCCAUCCCUACCUCAACAUUAAAUCUUUCAACUCCAGUGACACGUUGAUAGUGAGCAACGUUUUGAAGAUUUUGGAGUUGAGUCUGCCCCUGAUGGAGCACCCAGGUGAGAUGUUCCUGGCCAAAGUAGAGGAGGACAUCUCAAAACUCGUCCUCAGACAUGGACCAAUGGUUAGAUUAAUUGCUAGUGUAGUCCAGAAGAUACGUGAUGUACAAUUCAACACACUGACUUCCACGCCACUCUCGACCUUGGAUUCCAUGAAAGUGUCCUUGAGAAGGUCUCUCUAUGUUGUUGGACUGCUCUGCAAACAUUUUGACUUUGAUUCAAAAGAGUUUGACUCCUACAGAAAGGUUUCAAAUGUUGAGGCCAAAGUGUUUGAGAUAUUUCUACAUUUCCUCGAUUUCCCUGAUGAUUCAGUCAGACUUCAGUCUCUCACCGCCAUUGGCUCCCUGGUGAGCCAGCACUACGAGUUGAUGUUAGGGAAGGAGCUCCGGGACAUGUACCACCACAUGUUGACCGACCCGUCAGUCCCGUCCAACAUGUGCUCGCAGGUCCUUUGCAACAUCAAGGACUACCUGGCCGAGGAAGAGGUCAAGAUGGCCAAGGCAGAUGCCGAGUGGAGGAAACUUCAUGAUAAAGAGAAUCUGAAGGAGAUGGGUGACGUUCAGUCUGGGAUGGCCAGUACAAUAAUCCAGGUGUAUUUGAAACAGAUACUUGAAUCUUUCUUCCAUCUCGACCAGCAGGUCAGGAUGUCGGCGCUUGAAGUUGUCGUCCUCAUCUUGAAUCAGGGCUUGGUCCAUCCUCAGCAGUGCAUGGCACACCUGAUCAGCAUGGGUUCUGACGCAAAUGUGAAUAUCAGGUUGAAGGCAGACAAGCAGAUUCAAGACAUCGAUAAGAAGUAUCCUGGAUUUGUGCAGGCCAAAGCGAUGCAGGGCAUAAAGAUGUCGUGCAGACUGCAGAAACUCCUGUACGGUACCGACUCGCAGCAGCACAAUGCAGGGAACCAGCAACAGCAGCAGCAGCAACAACCUGGUCAACUAAGGGGUGUGAGGAUGGAAGAAGACGGAACGAUGACGUCACUGAACUCCUUUGUUUAUUCAGUGGUUCGCGGCAACCGUAGCAACAGGAGAGUGCUCGUCAUGAACGCUCUGCGCAUGUUUGAGGACAAAACGCCCCUGAAUGAGCUGCUGUACAUGGCGGACAACCUGGCCUACUUCUCCUACCAGCUGCAGGACGAACCACUGUUCAUCAUGCACCAAAUCGAUAUCAUACUCUCUGUGUCCGGAUUCAACUUGAUACAAUCCUUCAGAGAGGUUUUCUAUCCUGCUCUCCAGCAGCAACAACAGUCGCAACAACAACAACAACAUCAGGUCCAAACAAAAAGUCAGCACGUUUUUGAUUCUUGUUCAACGUUAGCGACAACAACAGCAUCAGAAGCGACAACAACAUCAUCAACAACAACAACGUGGACACCUUAUGUUGUUGCCACAACAUCGGUAAAUGAUUGCCAACGUUGGAGCCGCAUGCCCUGCGACGACAUCUAUGGCAACUGUAGUGAUGUUGUUGCCGUUGUCGAUGGUCAUCAUAAUCAGGAUAGCAACCUCAACACUUCAGCAGCAGAUCACCCCAAAAACACCACGGUGAACAACGUAAACAGUGAUGACUGCUACAUUAGCAGAACUUCUUACAGUAACGAUCGAGACAUCAACAGUACCGAUAACUACUGCAACAAUAACAAUGAGGACAGUAAAAAUAACAACAACAAUGACAAUAAUAAUAAUAAUAAUGAGGAGUAUGAAUUGAUGACGUCAAUGACCAAUACACAGCAAGCACUGAUAAAUAGGAGAAAGUUUGAGGAUGACGAUGACGACGAUGAUGAUCUGGAAACCCUGCUUGAGCUUGUACCAAGUGAGGGAACAAGCCUCAUUGAUCUCUAUAUGUCCCUUCAGGGCUAUCUCUUGCUCCUCGUACUCAAACAGCACCUCAAGGAGAUGUAUGGAUUCACUGACAACAAAAUACAGCGAUACAGCCCGACUGACGUGAAGUUGUACGAGAAGGCAGUGAAUCGCAAGCACGGGGUGAAGUUCCAUCCCAAACAGGCCCUCGACGUCCUGGGCAGGUCGGGGCAAAUGAGUCAGAUGCUGGAUGAGGAUCGAAGGGAGAUUGUUGCCGCCUACAUUAAUUUCAAAGAGUUGAUGGCCAGCAUAGACAAGGAUGAUUUGGAUGAUAACGAAGCAGCAGCUGGCACGACAACUACCACAUCCACAAGUCGUGCUGCUACUUCUUCCGGCAACCCGGGCAACCUGGACGGCACGACCACCACUAGCAACAACAACAACAACACAUUUGUACAGCCUUCCUCCAAUGGACAGAUGAUGAAGCCAUUAACGACGACACCUCGAAAAGCAAAUCACAGCAGCAACAGCUACGGCAGCAAUAUAAACAGCAGCAGUGGCGGCAGCAGUAGCAGCAAAGCAGCUUCCCGCAAGUCACGAAACCCCAGCAACACAAGCAGAUCAUCAUCGUCCUUGUCCUCUUCUGCAAAGAAGAACAAGAGCAAAAAAAAGAAAAGCAAAAGGAAAAGAAUCAGCUAUAACAGCGAUUCGGAAGAGGAGGAGGAAGAAGACGAUGAGGAGGAGGAGGAGGAUGGCGAUGAUUGGAAUUAAACUCUGUUUGUCACGUUGAGGUAGUUUUCUAAACAGCUGAAACAGUUUGGUUGAAAGUGAAAAGUUCAAAACACAAAACACGGAAUCAUCUAACCCUUGAAGCUUUUGUGCAUUAAUUAAAUUAAUUAAUCUAAUAAUUAACUAAAUUAUUUGAGUAUUCAGUAUAUUACAAUCGUGAAUGUCAUGUUGGUAAUACAAUGCAAUCAAUAAUUUUUUUAGAAGUUUAGUCGGUAAAGUUUAAUUUAAGAUACAUACAGCUAAUAAAUUGUAAACUCCAAUUCUAACUGUUGUUGUGCGUAUGAGCUUGCAUUCUUGCUAAAUUUAUAAAUAGAUUGAUAAUUUAAGUCAUCGUUCGUUCAAUCAUCCGUUUGUUAUUUAGUUUAUCGGUUCGUUUUUUUAAUUGUUUAUAUGUAUAUAUGUGCACUGGUUAGAACGUGUGAAUAAUAUUAUGCAAAAAAAAACAGUUUUUAAAGUAAAUUACUGUUUGAAUGUUCAUUUUGAAAUCUCUUAGUUUUGUAUUUUUCCUAUUUCUAUAUAUUAUUCGUUUUUCAUUCAAUCAAUCAAUCAUUCAUUCAUUCAUUCAUUUUAAUUUUUUAGAAGACCAUUUUGUUUAUAAUUUGAAUAAUUAAAUCAAGUUUGCCACCUGUC